GCCCGCCCGCCGCGCGCCUCCCCCUUGGCCGGCUCGGCUGCUCGGCUCGGCUCGGCUCGGCGCCCCUGGGGUCCUUCGUCCCGGUGCCCGCCCCUGCCAGCCCCCCGACCGCGUCGCCAUCAUGCCGGCCGUGUCCAAGGGCGAUGGGAUGCGGGGGCUCGCCGUGUUCAUCUCCGACAUCCGCAACUGUAAGAGCAAGGAGGCGGAGAUUAAGAGAAUCAACAAGGAACUGGCCAACAUCCGCUCCAAGUUCAAAGGCGACAAGGCUCUGGAUGGCUACAGCAAGAAGAAGUAUGUCUGCAAGCUGCUCUUCAUCUUCCUGCUGGGCCACGACAUUGAUUUCGGCCACAUGGAGGCCGUCAACCUGCUCAGCUCCAACAAGUACACGGAGAAGCAGAUCGGCUACCUGUUCAUCUCGGUGCUGGUGAACUCCAACUCGGAGCUGAUCCGCCUCAUCAACAACGCCAUCAAGAACGACCUGGCCAGCCGCAACCCCACCUUCAUGUGCCUGGCCCUGCACUGCAUCGCCAACGUGGGCAGCCGCGAGAUGGGCGAGGCUUUCGCCGCCGACAUCCCCCGCAUCCUGGUGGCCGGGGACAGCAUGGACAGCGUGAAGCAGAGCGCCGCCCUCUGCCUGCUGCGGCUCUACAAGGCCUCGCCCGACCUGGUGCCCAUGGGCGAGUGGACGGCCCGCGUGGUCCACCUGCUCAACGACCAGCACAUGGGUGUGGUCACAGCUGCAGUCAGCCUCAUCACCUGCCUCUGCAAGAAGAACCCGGAUGACUUUAAGACGUGCAUCUCCCUGGCCGUGUCGCGCCUCAGCAGGAUUGUGUCCUCCGCCUCCACCGACCUCCAGGACUACACCUACUACUUCGUACCCGCGCCGUGGCUCUCGGUGAAGCUGCUGCGGCUGCUGCAGUGUUACCUCCCGCCAGAGGACGCUGCCGUCAAGGGGCGGCUGGUGGAGUGUCUGGAGACGGUGCUCAACAAGGCCCAGGAGCCGCCCAAGUCCAAGAAGGUCCAACACUCCAACGCCAAGAACGCCAUCCUCUUCGAGACCAUCAGCCUCAUCAUCCACUACGACAGCGAGCCCAACCUGCUGGUGCGCGCCUGCAACCAGCUGGGCCAGUUCCUGCAGCAUCGGGAGACCAACCUGCGCUACCUGGCGCUGGAGAGCAUGUGCACGCUGGCCAGCUCCGAGUUCUCCCACGAGGCUGUCAAGACGCACAUCGACACGGUCAUCAACGCCCUCAAGACGGAGCGCGACGUGAGCGUGCGCCAGCGGGCGGCCGACCUGCUCUACGCCAUGUGCGACCGCAGCAACGCCAAGCAGAUCGUGUCGGAGAUGCUGCGCUACUUAGAGACGGCCGACUACGCCAUCCGCGAGGAGAUCGUGCUGAAGGUGGCCAUCCUGGCCGAGAAGUACGCCGUGGACUAUAGCUGGUACGUGGACACCAUCCUCAACCUCAUCCGCAUCGCGGGCGACUACGUGAGCGAGGAGGUCUGGUACCGCGUGCUGCAGAUUGUCACCAACCGGGACGACGUGCAGGGCUACGCGGCCAAGACAGUGUUUGAGGCACUCCAGGCCCCCGCAUGUCACGAGAACAUGGUGAAGGUCGGCGGCUACAUCCUGGGAGAGUUCGGGAACUUGAUUGCGGGGGACCCUCGGUCCAGCCCCCCGGUGCAGUUCUCGCUGCUGCACUCCAAGUUCCACCUGUGCAGCGUGGCCACGCGGGCGCUGCUGCUGUCCACCUACAUCAAGUUCAUCAACCUCUUCCCCGAGACCAAGGCCACCAUCCAGGGCGUGCUCCGGGCUGGCUCGCAGCUGCGCAACGCCGACGUGGAACUGCAGCAGCGUGCCGUCGAGUACCUCACUCUCAGCUCGGUGGCCAGCACCGACGUCCUGGCCACUGUGCUGGAAGAGAUGCCCCCUUUCCCCGAGCGCGAGUCGUCCAUCCUAGCCAAGCUGAAGCGCAAGAAGGGACCAGGGGCCGGCAGCGCCCUGGACGACGGCCGGAGGGAUGCCAGCAGCAACGACCUCAAUGGGGGUGUGGAGCCCACCCCCAGCACCGUGUCGACUCCCUCGCCCUCCGCUGACCUCCUGGGGCUGCGGGCAGCCCCUCCCCCGGCCGCACCCCCAGCCCCCUCGGGUGCGGGGAACCUCCUGGUGGAUGUCUUCUCCGAUGGCCCGGCCACCCAGCCCAACCUGGGGCCCACGCCCGAGGAGGCCUUUCUCAGCGAGCUGGAGCCCCCCGCCCCCGAGAGCCCUCUGGCUCUGCUGGCUGACCCAGCCCCGGCUGCCGACCCAGGUCCUGAGGAUGUCGGUCCCCCCAUCCCAGAAGCAGAUGAACUGCUCAAUAAGUUCGUGUGCAAGAACAACGGGGUCUUGUUUGAGAACCAGCUGCUGCAGAUCGGGGUGAAGUCCGAGUUUCGGCAGAACCUGGGCCGCAUGUAUCUCUUCUACGGCAACAAGACUUCGGUGCAGUUCCAGAACUUCAUGCCCGCGGUCGUCCACCCGGGUGACCUGCAGACUCAGCUGGCCGUGCAGACCAAGCGCGUGGCCGCGCAGGUGGACGGCGGUGCGCAGGUGCAGCAGGUGCUCAACAUCGAGUGUCUGCGCGACUUCCUGACGCCCCCGCUCCUGUCAGUGCGCUUUCGGUAUGGGGGUGCCCCGCAAGCCCUCACUUUGAAGCUCCCUGUAACCAUCAACAAGUUCUUCCAGCCCACGGAGAUGGCAGCCCAGGAUUUCUUCCAGCGCUGGAAGCAGCUGAGCCUCCCCCAGCAGGAGGCACAGAAGAUCUUCAAAGCCAAUCACCCCAUGGAUGCCGAAGUUACUAAGGCCAAGCUCUUGGGGUUUGGCUCUGCGCUCCUGGACAAUGUGGAUCCCAACCCGGAGAACUUCGUGGGAGCUGGCAUCAUCCAGACGAAAGCCUUGCAGGUGGGCUGCCUGCUCCGGCUGGAGCCCAAUGCCCAGGCCCAGAUGUACCGGCUGACCCUGCGCACGAGCAAGGAGACCGUGUCCCGCCACCUGUGUGAGCUGCUGGCCCAGCAGUUCUGAACCCCAGACUGGCCCUGGAAGUGGCCGGUGCCCUGCAGCCCCUAGGACUGAGGCAGCUUCGUGGCUGGGGCGGCAUGAGGGUCUCCUUCGGUGACGGGAGACCCCAGGGGUGGGGGGUGCCUGGGACCUUCCUCCGGCCUUUUGUAUUUUUAUUUUUGUUCAUCUGCUGCUGUUUACAUUCUGGGGGGGUCAGGGGGAGCCCCCUCCCUCCCUACCCCUGCCCCAAGCACAGAGGGGAGAGGGGCCAGGGAAGUGGGGGUGCCCCCUCCCUCCCUCCAACCCUGUCGUCGCCCCUCCCGCCUCCCCCCGUCCAGGGG